AUGUCGAGCGAGAGCGACGUCCCGGGGGCGGCCCGGCUGCCGGAGUCGAAGGCACUGGCAUGGGGCACGGCGCCGGCGCUGUACCUGUCGUACGGCAUGGCCUCGCUCAGGGGCCGGCGCCCGGCGCUGACGGACGCCGUGGCGGCCGCGCGGUCGUUCACGGCGCUGUCGCCGCCCCUGGGCCUGGACUACUUCGCGGUGAUCGACGGCGGCCACCUCGGCGCGGCCGCCGCCGGGUGGUGGAGGACGGUCAUCCGGGAGGCGUUCCGGGCCUUCAGUGGCGAGGUGGCGGCCAGCGGCGGCGGAGGCGCGACGGCCCUCGUCGCGCUGGUCCUGGAGAAGUACAUCGUCGUCGCCAACUGCGGCGUCGGAGCCUCCAAGGCCGUGCUAUCUCGCUGCGGCGAGCACGUGGAGCUCACUACUGACCGCAGGGGAGCUCAGUCCAGGCCGCCGGCGACCGCGGAGGCCGACGUGGUGGCGGUGGAGCGGGGGGCGCAGGACGAUUUCCUGAUCCUGGCCAGCGACGGGCUCUGGGACGCCGUGACGCCGGCGUCGGCGUGCGGCUUCGUCCGGCGGAGGUUGGUGACGACCUCGAGGAUCGCCAUGCCGUGGGAGCCGCCGCUGGACGCCAGGGGCUCCCCGACCGUGCUCGCCAAGGAGCUGGCGGAGCAGGCGGUGCGCGCGGGCAGCCAGGACAACGUCAGCGUCGCCAUCGUCCUGUUCAGGAACUUCUGGCUUUGUGGGCGCGCACCCCGUGGUGGCAUGGUGGACAUUUGA